CACCGGCCUCGCCCCGCCCUCUGCCCUGGAAGCGGAUGCGGAGGAGGGGGCGGCCUCCCGCGCGCGCGCGCCGGAGGUGUAGUGGUGUCGCGAGGAACCGGCGCAGGGAAGAGAGGCUACAACGGAAGAAUACACGCGUGAGCCAGUUGAAGACCUGCGAUACUUAUGCAGAAGACAAGCAGCACUAACAGAUGAGUAAAAAGUGAUGCACUAGGCUGGACUUCCGGUUGCUAAUUUCGUCCUUGCAUUUUUGUUCACCCCCACCGGAUAAGCAGCUUUUUUGGACCCUCGGAGUCUAGAAGACCAGAACCAAUGACAGGAUGGGAAACAUGGACCCUUCUCCUGGCCCUUCUCCUAAGGAGGGGUUGGGGACAAAACAACGUGGAGAGGGGAACCUGGAGAGAGAACACAGUUGUCAAUUUCUCCAGCAUUUUGUCCUCAGGAAAUAAUCUCUCCAAUUGUUGGACUUGUCAUCCCCACCCACAAGAGGGGGUUCCUCAGCUCCAGAUUGUGCCUGUAGAUGAGGAUGUUAAUCUCACCCUGACUUCUGAACCAGUUAGGAACACGCGGCUUCUAAUAGUGAAUCUUGAAGAUCAUGAGGAAAUGGGGUGUGUAGAACUUACAGACCCUUGGAAUCAAACGGGUCUCUGGAUCAAGCGGCCCUUUCUCUGCACAGGGCAAGGAAAACCCUGUUGCCCCUGCCAGACAGAUGGCUGCCUUAUUGAUGUGGGAAGCUCGCUAUCUAUUUAUCCAAUGUCAUUUUCCACGUUAAGCUCCUCUUGCACUCCUAACCAGACUCACUGGUGUGUGGACCCAUCUCUGCUCUCCCCAGGCACCCAGCCCAACACAUCUUGUACACACUGGAAAGGAACAGCAGCCCCGGCCUGGAGGCUCACCUAUCAGACCCCCUCUGCCUUCAGUGACGAGGAGGAAAUAGAGGAAAACUCAGAACUAGAUGGGGGAUCACUAGACGGAGGGCCUUUGUCCCCUAGAUGCAGUAAUGCCCCUCGCUGGGGUGCCCUUUUACGUCGAUGGUUUAAUUCUACUUCACCCCGCCAAGCUUGCACCCCUGCUGGAUAUCUAUUCCUCUGUGGUCCACCGCAGAAUAAACUACCCUUUGAAGGGAGCCCAAAUUCCUCCUUCUCCUGGCCUCUCCGAGCAAUGGCCUACCCCUGCUUAGACAAUGUUCACUUCCGAGGAGAAUGCACUUUGGGCCGAUUGGGCGCUGAAGGACUAAGCACCACUGCAUACAGUAAUGCCACCUCUCAAAACAGACAUAACUGGGCACUCAGACUAGUCCUGGCAGGAAUUGGGGUGGCCAUAGGUCUGGCUGCCCCUUGGGGAGUUUCACCUAUCACGAAACAAUCUUAAGAAACCUCACACAGGCCAUUGAAAACCUGGUCUCAAAAAACCAGGGAAUUCUCUGGUGGUCCAGGGGUCAGGACUCCAUGCUUUCACUGCCAAAGGUGCGGGUUCAAUCCCUGGUCAGGGAACUAAGAUCCUGCAAGGUAUGCCUGGUGCAGCCAAAAAACAACAACAGCAACUGGUGAUGCCUUUAAGGGGUCUCCAAGAGUCCCCAGAUCCUUAGCCAGUGUUGUGUUUGACAAUAACCCUGGGUCAUCUUCUGGAUGAACAAGGGGGUGUCUGUGCAGUGAUUAACAAAACUCGUGGAACAUGCAUCAACAACUCAGAGGAAGUUGAAGUAAAUACUCAGGAAAUUUAUGAACAAGUUAAAUGGCUACAUGGGUUCAGCUGCCCCACUGCCCAAACUAUAUGGGACACAGUCAAAGGUUUCAUCUUGUUACAUUCCUUGGUUUCUGCCUCUCCUGGGCCCUCUAGUGGUGGUAGUUCUUUUGUUAUUCAGAGCCUGCCUGUUUAAUCUUUAGUUAAAUUUGUGUCUUCCAUGCUUCAACAGUUCCAAGUGAGGCUCCUGAUGGCCCAAGGAUUUAAACACAUUCCUAGAAGGUGACCCUGGUCCCUAUAGGUCUUUGAAACAGUCAGCGAGGAACUUCUACACCUCUCGGCUAGGCUAGGGUCUCAAGCAGAAAGAAGCUCCAGGAGAAGAGACAUUCGGCUCCUUGACCCUUAAGAACAAAGUGUGUAAAAUCCCUCAAAGGAAAAUGAGAUCAGCUGGGAUCUUGGGUCAUCUGCCAGGACACUUGCCCCAGGACAGUGCCUCCUUGAAAAACAGGAAGCUGGCAUCCUUAGACCAAGGGGUGACGCUUCCUUAAACAUGGUGCUGAAGGCCAUAAGUUAACCACAAGUGAUUAAAAACAACCUCAGGCCCAUGCAGUAGGGCGAUGUUGACCACUACACACCCUUCCUGGUGGCGGUAGUCGGCAAUCUGCCAUUUUGAAGUGCUAAUGCAGAAAGCAAAAAACUUGCACAAUUCACGUAUAUGGCACUGCCAAGGAGGAUGGACAGACCACCUGAGCCAUGCCCCCUGCCUGGACUGCAGAUCCAUUCCCACCGUCACCCCAUCUAAGGACCCAGGGAGCUCUUUGUGAAGGAGCAGGUGGGCAAGGACACCUGAUUCUUGCCUUUGUUCCCUUGAGCUGCAGUGUGAGCUCCCAUAAAACCUUGGAAAUUCUCAUCUGGCCUCUUGUCAGUUUCUAUUGAUUAAAGAGUCCAAGGGCCCAGGGCAGUAGCACUGGGAAGAUAAAUGACAGCAAAGUGCUAAUGCCAAGAUGAGGAAGGAAAGUUCUAAAGAACUGCAGUCCCAUAGAGGUAGCGACAGGAUGAAAGUAUUUCUCUUUAUUAAGGCAGUUCCGACUCUUUUGCUUCCCAGGCAAGUUUGACUGGGAUGUAACUGCAAGUCAGUGAAUAUUCAGAUUUUCAGAUCUGCAGUGCAUGGUUACUGUGUGAUCUGUUCCAAUUGCUGUUUUGUGAUUUGGGUGCUAUGUGAAAGGAAGCUUGCAGUCAUUCGACCAUAUGUGUGCAGCAUGUCCAUGCAGACACAUGAACUUUUUAUUUAAUCAUAACAGUUAAAAUAUUUACAUUAAUGAUGUGGGCUGAAGGGCUUACAAGGAGACACAGAAUGGCACAUAGGAGACAGCAUGACUUCUGCACACUCUCUGCUGAAGAGUCAUUGGCAGAACAGAAUGGCAGUGUCAACUGAGAACACCAUCUGGGGGAGCACUUAGACACGACCAGGGGGCAAGGUGGCCACAGGCUGUUGCCCAUGGAUGGACAGCUACUCAUCUACAGGGACUUUUCUGCACUUCCCACCCCAUCCCACCUCCUUUAAUGUUCCUGCCAUUCCCCUUAGCAAUGCAUCUGCGGGGCUUAUUCAGGAUAUGACUUUGGGUUAGCAGGCCUGGAAAGGAAAGAUAAGUAUUAAGGCCUCAUCAGUAAUUUUCCAGAGUGCCAACCCCCUCCCACCAAAACACGCACGUGAAAAUCCUCAAGACAGAAAUGGCUCCUGUUUGACACGUGGUGAGAGUUCCAGGAAAGGCCGCAGAAGCUCCUGACCAUUAAACCUGUGGAAGGUCACAGUACAGAGAAAUGGUGCCAAUAUGAUGAUGAAAGUUGUCAUUUAUUGAACACCUGCUGGAUAUUAAGGUGUUUUAUUUUGUUUUGUUUUUAAUAACCAAGCCUAUGCUUUUAUCCUCCAUUUUACAAAUAAAGACACUAAUUCUGAUCAUUAAAUCUGUGGCAGGUCACACUACUGAGAAAUGGCCAAAGUGGGGAUCUUAUCUGCAAGAUACCCUCUCAGCCGCCUCUACCCCACCCUCCUGCCCCAUCUCCAGGAAUCACUGAACAGGAGGAGCUCAGGAAAGCAGACUGGAAUAAUGAGAGAGGAUUCUGCAGAUGUUUCGAGUGGGAAAGAGACCCAUUCUAAUGAGCCUUGCUUCUCUCCUUUCCUCUUUUUGAAGUGGUUUGGGAGUGACUGCCUAGGACUAGUUCUAGACUUGAAGAGAGGGGAGCCUUGUUAUUUCUGUGGAACUCGGCCC